GGGAUAGUUGUGGAAGCGGGUGUUUGCGUUGCAACAGCGCAUGUUGGACAACAAACCAAACAACACACUUUUACUUUCAUCUCCCACCGUCUCCGUGUCGUGUUGCGGUCAUGGAGGCUCGUGGGUCUGCUGACAAGAUAAACGAGCCGGGCCUCCCCCUGUCCUCCCUGCGCCUCCUGGUGCCCCCGCUGCGGCUGCUGUCUGCGGCCAUGUGGCAGGUGGCAAAGCACAAAGAUGUGAUGAAUUACGAGAAGCUGCAGGAGUUUGUGGUUAUGGUGACCGAGGCGGUGCCGGGACUGCUGAACUACAGACAGAGAGCCCAGCUCGUUCUGGGUCUCAGAGCAAGGCUGAUUCUGGAGUUAUGCAAAGGCUCAAGCCGCAGCUCUGUUGAUCCUCAAGUGAUCCAGGCCUACCUGGAUCGACUCCCCAUAACCUCUGCAAACACAGAUUACAGGGAUGGAGAAGUGGAAACAACAGAAUCCACUUUCAUCGCGCUCGUGCAAAGCCUGCUGAAAGAUCCAGCUGAGAGAGCGUACUUCUUCCAGGAGGUGUUCCCGGUGGAAUAUGGGCCGAGAUAUGAUGCUGCUCUGCAUAUACUAUUGUGGGAGCUGCUUUCAAAACUGGAAAAGCUGUUUGCAGUGCCAGACCUUAAACAGACUGCAGCGUGGAUGGGCUCCGCUCCCUCAGUGCUGGAGGAGUGUGUUCAGUCCACGCCUGAGGAAUUAAGCUUAAUCUACCAGCACCAUAAGAGUUCAGGCCUCUUGAAAAUGCCAUAUGGCCCUUCAUCAACCAUCGGUAGCUGUAUCAUGUCUGCUUUAUCCAUCCCUCCCUCCCAAAAAACAACUACUUCUAUUGGACUGGAAUCGAUGCAUAAUUACGCUAACAUAAUAAAUCCCAUCACUUUUGUUGGAGCAGACCAGUAUAGCGUAGUGACUGUGUACACUGAAGUGGAAGUGGAAGUUGGAGCAUCUGACAUGAAUGAAGAAAUAGUCGAGUCAACUGAGGAGGUGCACGUCCAGACAGAUUUCUAUGAAGCCGAGAUGGAGGCUUUAGGUGAGAAUGACACGGAUGAUGCAGAUAUGGAGUGUAUGAGCUCAAAGACAGAGGAAACAAGUGAGAGUACAGAUAUUGCUAAAGCACUGGAGACUCUGACAAAGACUUUUGCACUACGCAAGGAGGCGCUUGAUCAAGAUGCACCGAUAAGCAAGACUAAUAACUCAAAUACCGAGUCUCUGAAUGAUGGGAAGAAGACAAAAAGUACAGUAGAAGAAGAGGGAACACAAGAAGCAACUGAGCAAACUGUCAAGCCAACAGGAAACGCUGGUGAGGGGUGCGAACCAGCAGAAGAUUUACAAGGUGGAGGCACAGAGAGUAAUACCAGCUCUGAAUGUUGCACAGAGUUAAAGAAUGAAGGCGAAUCCCUCGGUGUCAGCCAAGAGACGACAGAUGCCUCCUGUGAAGCCCAUGUCUCUCAGGCACAGCAGUCUGCCUCCCCAGCUAAUGUGCGCAGAUCUACUCGCCUACAACUGAAGACGUCAGCAACUGGGCAGGAAUCUUGUAAAUUCAAGAACGAAAACAACGGAGAACUAAAAAUGAACAAGACUGAUGUAUCAAUUGCUCCAUCUGUGAUAGCAAUCAAAGGAAUUGACACAGAUGAAUCAGGGGAGAUGACCUCUAUCAUCUUCACGUGCCCACAGUGUCCCUUCCAUAAUUCAGAUGAGAACAGCCCCCCUCACAUCCACAUGCAAAAUGUUCGCACAGAGGAGUACAGGACUCUCAUGGCAGCGAAGCCAGAUGGAGCCGAAUUUAUGCCAUCUCCUUGCAGCACCGAUCAGAUAUUUACAUCAAUUAAACUCUUCCCCAAAGGAAACACAGAGCAAAACAGAGUAGAACAGUCUGAUAAUCAAAGCAUAGCAGAAAGCACUCUCAGUGUUGGGCAGUCCCAAGGCAAGAGGAAGGCCCUCACAUGUGAAACCUGCGGUAAGACGUUCACUCGUACCUCAGAUGUGAGGAGGCACCAGCUCACUCACACUGGGGAAAGACCGUUCCACUGCUCCCAGUGCGAUCGUACCUUCCAGCACUCGUGGGAUCUGGCAAAGCAUGAGAGUAAACACCACGGGACGGCCAUCUCUUUCUCCUGUCAGCUGUGUGGGAGCUCCUUCACCAACCUCCGUGCUCUGACGGUCCACCACAAGAAGCAGCACUCCGGAGAGAGUCAGCUUCCUCAGAUCUGCUCCAUUUGCAGCCAGAGUUUCCCCACCUCCUCCGAGCUACUCGAGCACAGGAAGUCUCACGGGAGCAGCCAGCGCUACAUCUGUCAGCAGUGUGGCGAAGGCUUUGACUCCCUGCUUGCGCGCUCCCAGCACCGGCAGACCCAUCAGGUCAAGCACCAGUUUAAGUGCCCACACUGUGACAAGACGUACACUCGCAGGUCUGACGUGAAGAGGCACCAAGCCACCCACACAGGGGAGCGUCCUUACCAGUGUAACCAGUGCAGCAAACGUUUCUCCCUCCACUUCAUGCUGAUGAAGCACCUCCAUGUUCACACAGGCGAACGGCCUUUCCAGUGCUCCUACUGCCCCAAGAGGUUCACUCUGGUGUCCAUCCUAGCCAGGCACGAGAGGAUGCACACAGGGGAGAAGCCUUUCCUCUGCUCCCAGUGUGGCAAGGGCUUUCUCUCGCAGGGGGAACUCUCCAAGCAUCACAGGUCCCAUGUGGACGACAGGCCCUAUUCUUGUACUCAGUGUGACAAGCGCUUCAAGAGCAAAAAAACCCAGCAGGAGCACAUAUUCUCCCACACUGGCGCCCGCCCGUACCCAUGCACCUACUGCGGAAAAGGCUUCACUAAACCAUAUGCACUGACCAGACACAAUCUCAUUCACACAGGAGAGAGGCCGUUCCCUUGCGGCCACUGUGAGAAGACGUUCCUCACUCUCAGCGAGGCUCAGCUACAUCAGCGCAUUCACACAGGGGAAAGGCCCUAUCCCUGCAACAUGUGCGAGCUCAAAUUCAAGAGCUCCUCAGAGCUGGCACGGCACAAGCGCAGCCAUUUAGGGAUGAAGCCACUGAAACCGUACUGUGAGCAGUGUAUGAAAACGUUCACCUCCAAAGCCAAGCUGAAGAAACACAUGGAGACACACAGGGAGGAGGGAGAAGCUGCCCAGUCUUCAGACUCUCCAAUGCCUGAACAAUCCAAAUAACCAAGCAACACUUGAGAAACACUAUCAGUGGCAAAUCAGUGGAAUUGUGAAAAUGAAUGUAUAUUCUUGCAGACAACUUGAAUUUAAAUGUUUAAAUUUCAAGUUCAACUGCUUGACUAAAAGAAACUAAAAUAAUGGAACAUGAUACUGAACAAGGACAGAGGUACUUGUC